AUGGAAUUCAACGGCGUCGUUUUGCCUAUCCAGACGAUCACAACAACUCGUACAAAGCUAUCUAAGAUGCAGAAAGAAAAGGAAUAUAUUGUUCAUUGGAUCUUCAAAUUCGCAGGACGACGUAAAAUGGGUUUCUUGACUCUCUUCUUAAUCUCCACUCUCGUCUUCGGUCGACUACUUUACAUCUGGAAAGGUGAAGAUGCUCAAAAAAUUCAAGUUCCUCGGAGUUUACAUAUCAAUAGCAUUACAAAUAAACAGCAAAUAAGCAAUAUACAUAAUAAUCUAUCUUACGUGGGUAAACCUGUUAAACCGUAUCGACCUCGACCUCCUCCAUAUUUCCAUGGAUACACACUUCCUCAAGACCAUCCUUGUAACAGAUUCACUUUACCUCCUCCACCAGCUGACAAAAAAAGAACCGGACCACGCCCAUGUCCGGUUUGUUACCUUCCACUAGAAGAAGCAAUUGCUUUGAUGCCAAGCUCACCUUCGUUUUCUCCUAUUCUCAAGAAUUUAACAUUUAUACAUGAGAAUCCACUAAACCGGAAGACAGAGUUUGGAGGGUCAGAUUUUGGUGGUUAUCCAACUUUGAAACAAAGGAGAAGAACUUUUAACAUCAAAUCAUCCAUGAGUGUGCAUUGCGGAUUUGUCAAAGGACCUGAACCUGGAAGAGGAACAGGAUUCGAUAUCGCUAAGACUGAUAUUCUUGCAAUGAAACGGUGUCGAGGGAUAGUUGUUUCUUCAACAGUAUUUGAUGCUUUUGAUGAUGUGAAGAGUCCAAGCAAUAUAAGUAAAUAUUCGGAGCAAACGGUUUGCUUCUUCAUGUUUAUUGAUGAGAAAACAGAAUCAAGCUUGAAGAAAGACAAAGGCUUUAAUAGAACCACCAAGAAAGUAGGAUUAUGGAGAAUUGUUGUUGUUCAUAAUCUUCCUUACACUGAUGGAAGACGCAAUGGAAAGGUGCCGAAGCUUCUUGUCCAUAGGCUGUUUCCAAAUUCGCGGUAUUCAAUAUGGAUUGAUGGAAAGUUGGACCUUAUGGUGGAUCCAUAUCAAAUUCUUGAGAGGUUCUUGUGGAGGGCAAAUGUCACGUUUGCGAUCUCUAGACAUUACAAACGUUUUGAUGUGUUUGUGGAAGCUGAAGCUAAUAAAGCUGCUGGUAAAUAUGCUAAUGCGUCUAUAGAUUUUCAAGUGGAUUUCUACAAGAAGGAAGGUUUAACACCUUACUCUACUGCAAAGCUGCCAAUCACAAGCGAUAUACCAGAAGGAUGUGUCAUUUUAAGAGAGCAUGUUCCAAUUAGCAAUCUAUUUACUUGCCUUUGGUUCAAUGAAGUUGAUCGUUUCACUUCUAGAGAUCAAAUCAGUUUCUCAACAGUAAGAGACAAGAUUUCUGCUAAAACAAAAUGGAAUGUGAGCAUGUUUCUUGACUGCGAAAGACGCAACUUUGUGUUUCAGAGAUAUCAUCGAGUAGAUCAAGAGAAGUUGAAGAAGAAACAAGCUCCAGUGGCCAUUCUUCCUCCGCCGUCACUGAUCAGCAGCGAGUUGCCUAGAAAGUUGUCGAAUGUGAGUCAAGUCGUGAGCAUAACGCCGCCUAAAACGCGGGGAAGAGACAAACAGUCGAGCUCAUCAAGAAGUAACAGAAACGCUACUUUGCAUGCAAGAUCACCAGGGACAGCUUAA